GCCGAUCUGUCUAUUAUCAAACCCGGCCGCCCGGCUUUUGUUGGUUUGUUGCGUGUGUUUUCAGUUUCUUGUGUCAGUUGUGCUCUCAAUGCUCAUGUCACAUUUAACUUUGCAAAAUAUACGAAACGAGGUAUCUAAAGUCUGUCUCGUUGGGAGUUAUUCAUGUUAAGCCCUCAGGAAUAUAUUUGAACAUCGACUCGGCUCCCAUGACCCCUAAGACAACUGCCGAUUACUCUUAAUUGAAUCGAAAUAGUUGCAUGUGGUGGUGAUAGUCACCAGUUUCUGCCUAUGAAACACAAUCGAAAGGAAGAGACUUUGGACCCGGAUUUCAUCAGCAACACUCCAUGAACCGCAUGUAAUCAUCUUCGACUCACUGUCUCCUGUUAUAAUAGUCCUCAAUGAGCCGGUUCUUGUGGCUUGUACCCAAGCACAAAAAUAGCAACUAUGCUUCCAAGGGCAGGAAAGGACUUUUUGGUGCGAAUCUCGUUUUAUUCCAAACCCUUUUUUCAAGGGAGAUACUUGAUAGUCACAAACACGUUGAGCGGAGGAGGCAUGUUGGCGCUCGGCGACUUUCUUCAGCAAACCCGUGAGAAGCGAAAGGAUCCGGAGAGAGUUCGGGACUGGACACGGACAGGACGCAUGUUUGCAGUGGGAUUUUCCAUGGGACCAGUGCUGCACUACUGGUACGGCUGGCUGGAUAAGUUCUACGUCGGCCAUGCGUUGAAAACAGUCGGCAAGAAGGUUCUGGUGGAUCAAAUGGUGGCAUCUCCGACCCUUGGACUGUGGUACUUUCUCGGUAUGGGUGUUAUGGAAGGUAAAACCUUAUCCAAGGGAUUGGAAGAGUUCAAGGACAAGUUCUGGGAGUUUAUGCUGGCCGACUGGUGUGUGUGGCCUGCCGCGCAGAUGGUUAACUUCUACUUCCUGUCACCCAAAUACCGCGUCAUCUACGUCAACACCAUCACCUUAGGUUGGGACACCUACCUGUCCUACCUGAAGCACAGGGACGACAGGCCGCAGGCUGUGUCGGUUUCAGACUGUAGUACCCCGGACAUACACCAGGAGGACCCUCAAACUGUUGACUCAACCAAGCCACAGGAGCAGGAAGUUUAGAGCAAUAAUCCAAUACUCCUCAUGAAGAUGAACACUCUUUUGGUUUCUGUUCACCCGUACAAUACACUUCCUGUCUUUGUUUCCCAGACAGGAAGUGAGGUAACAAAGCAGUAAUCGACCUGCAGAAGGGCAGCUAUGAGAUUGUCAAUGAGGAAGAAUAGA